AUGUUCCGAAAGAAUAAUCCGGAUAUCUUGUUUACCCGAGCGGACAAGGGCAAUGUGACUGUCGCUGUAGAUAAAAACAGUUACAUAGAGAGAAUAAACGCCAUGCUUAACGAUCAAACUACUUACGUUAAAAUUAAUAAAAAUUCUACAAAGAACAUAGAGGAUACUCUUAACACCCUCCUAAAAAAAUGGUUAGCCAAAAAAUACAUUAGUGAUGUGGCUUACAAAUCCAUGCGUUCUAAUGAGGGUUGCGUUCUUAGAGCCUAUAGUGUGCCAAAAAUACACAAACCUGAGGCUCCAUACCGACUGAUUGUGUCUUCCGUGGGUAGCUCACUUCACAAAUUUGCGGAAUUUUUACACAAUAUUAUUUACAAAAACAUUCCGAACGCAAAAAGCAGCAUCGCCAAUAGUAUAGACUUUGUAAAGAAAAUCAAAAAAACUAAAAUCCAAAGAGGUCACAUGCUUUUGUCCCUUGAUGUCACAUCGUUAUUUACAAAUGUACCGAUUGAUCUGGUUUUGAAAGGCAUCAAGAUUAGGUGGAAGUACAUUAGAAACAAUACUACAAUCCCACUUAACGAUUUUCUAAAGCUAUAG